CAUGCCAAUCCUCUCUACCCUCACACCACUGCCAAAACACCACAAUGGCUACCUCUCCCCUCUCUCUCGUUCUCCUUUCACUCUUCCUCUCCCUCUCGCUCCAUGCUCAAGCUCAAGCCCCAGCAGCACCUGCUCCGGCGCCCUCCGGCCCGGUCAACUUCACCGCAGUUCUUGUAAAGGGUGGUCAGUUCGUCACAUUCAUUAGCCUUUUGAACAAGACUCAAACAUUUAACCAAAUUGAAAAUCAGAUCAACAGCUCUUCUGAGGGCAUGACUAUUUUUGCCCCAACUGACAAUGCCUUCAGCAAUCUUAAAUCUGGUGCUUUAAAUGGCCUCAGCCAACAACAACAAGUUCAACUUCUUCAGUACCACAUGUUGCCUAAAUUCUAUUCUUUGAGCAAUCUCUUGUUGGUUAGUAACCCUGUUCCCACCCAGGCCUCUGGCCAAGAAGGUGUUUGGGGUCUUAACUUUACAGGUCAAAGCAACCAAGUCAAUGUGUCAACAGGGCUUGUGGAGGUUCAAGUCAACAACGCUUUAAGGCAAGAUUUUCCUCUGGCAGUUUAUCCAGUCGACAAAGUGUUGUUGCCUGACGAGUUGUUUGGUGUUAAGCCACCAUCUGCUUCACCUCCAGCACCGGCAACUAAGGGGUCAUCAUCAGGCAAGUCCAAUUCAUCAGAUACGGCUGCAGAGCCAUCACCUGGUAAGAACUCAGCUGGUGGAAGGAAUGUAGCAUUGGGGUUGAUUUUUGGGCUUGGUUUCGUUUCCAUGGGAAUUCUUUCUUGAGAAAUGAAGUAUCAAAGGAGGCGUUUCCAAAAUUCCUUUUUUUUUUCUUUUUCUUUGUGAUUCUUGCAAUUCACAUAAUGAGCUAAUUGGAGGUUCCUUGUACGUCUACUUUCUUGUUCAUCAUUUGAAUUAAUUUCUCGAUUGGUUUA